AUGGAUGUUUGGAUUCUUCUUCUUAAACGAUGGAUUUUGAUAGAUCGUAAAAAACGUAUGCCAUAUUGUCGUUCACUAUUGAAGUGCAUUCGUUAUAAUUUGUUAAAUGAUGAACAGAAGAAUGAAAUUAUAAAAGAUCUUACACAUUUUAAAAUAAACAUUAUCGAUGGUCAAAAAAAUAUAAAUUGGUCAAUGAAUACGGAAACGAGAAUUCCACGUGAUUUAUUAUUAGCAAUUGGAGGCUGGGAGAAAAGAGGGCCAACAAAUGUGGCAGAAGUAUUAAAUAUAAAUACUAAUAAAUGGCAACGUGCAAAGAUACUUGAGGAUAAACGUCAAAUAGCUUAUCAUGAAUGUAUCGUUAUCAAUAAUCACACGUGUUGUUAUGAUAGUGAAACAAAAGAAUGGUCUGAAUUAGCUCCAAUGAAUUAUGCAAGAUGUUAUAUAUCAGCAUGUGAAAUUAAUGGUACAAUUAUUGCUGCCGGUGGUUCAGAUGGUAGAUCGAGACUUCGAACUGCUGAAAUGUAUGAUAUCAACAAAAAUCAAUGGACAAAAAUUCGAAAUAUGACACAACGACGAUCAGAUGCAGCAGCAUGUGCUAUGGGUGGUAAAAUGUACGUAGCUGGUGGUUAUACCGGUGAAACGGUAUUACAAACGGUUGAAAUGUAUACACCAGAAACGGAUAUUUGGACUGAAGUUGCACAUAUGAGCUCACCAAGAUCCGGCCUGGCAUGUGCAGCAAGUACAGAUUUUAUACUAAUCGCUGGUGGAUACGAUGGUACAAAUCGAUUAAGCAGUGCAGAAAUCCUACGAAAUGGAAGUGCCCAUACUGUAAAUGUUGAAUCAAUGCCAAUGCCAAGAUCAAAUUUUGCAAUGUGCAAAAUGGGAAAUUAUUUUUAUGCUAUUGGUGGUUAUAAUAGAACGGUGACUAAAACAGUGGUACGUUUUGAUGGUAAAAAAUGGGAACGAAUUUGUGAUUUAUCAGUUUCACGUAGUGCUUUACGUGUUGUACUACUGAAAGCUUGGCCUGAUCCAAAUGAAUUGCUUUGCAAUACGAAUACAAAUUCAGAAAUCACGCAAAAUUGGACGUAUGAAAUAGAAUCUUCAGAAUGUCAAGAAACGAGUGGUUCUCAAAUAACAGAUAUAAGUGAUAAUUCAAAUUAA